UCUUUUGUUUUUUGGUAUAAGGAUUCCUCGUGAAGUUUGACAUUAUAAUGGUUUUGAAACUGAAACUUAGAUUCCCUUAUUGGGAAUGGAAGAAGAAUUAAGAAAUUCCACUUGCAGAAGUCUACUACAUCUAUAAAACAGAACAAGUCUUAAGAGGCAAAUGCAAAGUAUAGUUAGGCUAUUGAAAAGACAAAAGCUAUGGUAGUCUCUAGCAGCAACAGGUUAUUGAUCAUUCUGCUGCUUUUUGUAUCUGCUGCAUCAGAAAUAUAUGCAGCAACUGAUACUAUAGCCUGCAGCCGUAAGGGUCCUUGUUUUCUCAAGAAGAGAAGCUGCCCAGCUGAAUGUCCAAAUCUCUAUCCAACCAACCCAUACUCAAAAGUUUGCUACUUGAACUGUCAAUCACCAAUAUGCACGCCUGAAUGCAGAAAUAGAAAACCAAAUUGCAAUGCACCAGGAGCAGCUUGCUUGGACCCACGUUUUAUCGGUGGAGACAGCAUUGUGUUUUACUUCCAUGGCAAAAGCAAUGAGCAUUUCAGCUUAGUUUCCGAUACAAACCUACAAAUCAAUGCACGUUUCAUUGGUCUCCGGCCAGAAGGCAGAACUAGAGACUACACUUGGAUUCAAGCACUAGGAAUCCUCUUUGAUUCUCAUACUUUCUCUAUUGAGACUACUAAAGCAGAAAAAUGGGAUGAUGAAGUUGAUCAUUUAAAGUUUUUACAUAAUGGGAGAGAUUUAAUCAUACCACAAGGUCAUUUAUCAACAUGGCAAUCAGAAGAAAGUAACAUUAGAGUGGAAAGAACAUCAUUAAAGAAUAGUGUAUUAAUCACUGUACCAGAAGUCACGGAGAUAUCAGUCAAUGUCGUGCCUGUAACUAAAGAAGAUGACAGAAUUCAUAACUACCAGAUACCUUCUGAUGACUGUUUUGCUCAUUUAGAGGUGCAGUUUAAGUUUUAUAAGUUGUCGUCGAAAGUUGAAGGAGUUCUUGGAAGGACUUAUCAGCCUGAUUUCAAGAACCCGGCAAAAUCAGGAGUAGCAAUGCCUGUUGUUGGAGGUGAAGAUAAGUAUAGGACAAGUUCUUUGCUUUCUGCUGAAUGUGGUUCUUGUUUUUUCUCUGCAGUUCAAGUUUCAGACAAAGAGGAUCAUGCUGUGGUGAUGGAUUAUGGUAUGCUUGAUUGCACUAGUCGUUCAGAAAAUGGAUAUGGAAUAUUUUGCAGGAAAUAAGAAUGUGAAUUUUCCAUUUUCCCAGAAUAUUUUGGAAGAUUGUUUUCUGCUCUCAUUUUCGCAGAAUAACUUAAGUUUUUCCAGGAUCUGUUUUUGCCUUUAAUUUUUGUGUUUGAAGUUAUGCAUUUUAGUUAAGAAAAUUGGUUUUUUCCUCU